AGCUGCUGCAAAUCAGGCGUGAGGGCAGCGCAGAGCUGAGUCGAGCAGCUACGAGCCCUGCGCUGCCGGGAGCGCACGUCAACCAUGGGCAGAAGCGAAAGGCCGGCGCCGUAGGGUCGAUCGGGCCGGACCCCGAGCCGGAGCGCGGCCGGAGCGCGCCUCACGCGCCGCGGCGGCGGCGGCGGCGGCGGCGGAGACCCGGGCGGCGGAGGGCGUCCUCCGGUCCCUCCCUGCCGGACGAGAUGUGGCUGAACCCGGAGGAAGUCCUGCUGAAGAACGCGCUGAAGCUGUGGGUGACCGAGAGGAGCAACGACUUCUUCGUCCUGCAGAGGAGGAGAGGCCACGGAGAGGCGACGAGCAAGUUCACAGGUCUGCUGGUGGGCGCCCUGGACACCGUGCUAGACUCCAGCGCCAGGGUCACUCCGUUCCGCAUCCUCCUGCAGGUCCCCGGCUCCCAGGUCAGCUGGGUGAUCGCCAGCGGCGCUGCCAUAGAGGAGGUGAAGAAGCACUGGGACUGGCUGGUCCACAACCUGCUGCACUCGCUGUCAGUGUUCGAGAACAAGGAGGACGUCGCCAGCUUCGUCAAAGGAAAAGUCAAGGGCCUCAUCGCAGAGGACGCCCGGGGCCGGCAGGCGGCGCAGGAGGGCGACCCGGGGAAGUUCCGCGAGGCGCUGCGCAGGUUCGAGCUCCACUUCAGCCUCCCGUCGUCCGAGAAGCUGGUGACCUUCUACUCGUGCUGCUGCUGGAAGGGCCGCGUGCCGCGCCAGGGCUUCCUCUACCUCAGCACCAACCACAUGGCCUUCUACUCCUUCCUGCUGGGGAAGGAAGUCAAGCUGGUGUUCCCGUGGGCGGACGUGACGCGGCUGGAGCGGGUCUCCACCGGCCUGGUGACGGAGGCGGUCCGGGUCAGCACCAGGCAGCGGCAGAGGGACUUCUCCAUGUUCCUGAACCGGGACGAGGCGUUCGGGGUCAUGUGUCAGCUGGCCGACGUGGCGCUGAGGCGGCUGCUGGACAGCGAAGGCCUGGAGCUGGACCGGGUCCUGCAGCAGCCGGGCCGCAUCACCAAGAGGGUCCUGGAGGAGCAGGCUCUCAGGGAGUACGUCCUGGCCCUGUUCCGGCUGCCGCGCGGCGAGAGGCUCCACGAGGCGGCCUCCUGCUCCGUGUGGACGCCGCACGCCCGCUGCCACACGGCCGGGACGCUCUACACCACCGACGGCUACCUGUGCUUCUGCAGCCGGGACGAGGGCGGCUGCGUGCUGCUCAUCCCGCUGUCUGAGGUCCUGUCCAUAGAGAAAGCGGAGAGCACCGCUUUGCUUCCCAACCCCGUCAUCGUCAGCGUCCGCACCAAGAAGGCCUUCCAGCUGAUCGAGCUGCAGGACCGAGACCAGCUGGUGGAGACGCUCAACGCGCGGCUCCGCUCCCUGCAGUGGAAGCAGUCCAUGUUCCGCGGCAGGAAGGACAGCCGGCGGAGCCAGGGUUCACCCUACUACACCUUCUACUACGACGCCGGGGAGGACGAGGAGCAGCUGGAGGAGCAGGUUCUGCGCAACACCAUCAACAGCGAGGCCCUGAUGACUGCGUUCCACCAGAACCGGCCGGGAAACGACGGCGACAAGAGCCUGGAGACGGCGAAGGAGCGUCUGUGGGAGGAGCACUUCUCCGAGUUCGGCCGCGGCGUCCACAUGUUCCGCACGGAGAAGAUCCAGAGGCUCGUUGCCAUGGGGAUCCCGGAGUCGCUGCGCGGGGAGCUGUGGAUGACGUUCUCCGAUGCGACGUCGGAGCUGGAGUCUCAUCAGGGCUACUACACCAGCCUGGUGCAGAAGUCCAUGGGCCACAGCAGCCUGGCCACGGAGGAGAUCGAGCGGGACCUGCACCGCUCGCUGCCGGACCACCCCGCCUUCCAGAACCCCACCGGCAUCGCGGCGCUCCGGCGGGUCCUCACGGCCUACGCCCACCGCAACCCAAAGAUCGGAUACUGUCAGUCUAUGAACAUCCUGGCGUCGGUGCUGCUGCUCUACGCUAAAGAGGAGGAAGCCUUCUGGCUGCUGGUUGCGGUUUGUGAGAGGAUGCUGCCCGACUACUUCAACCGCAGGGUCAUAGGCGCUCAGGUGGACCAGUCUGUGUUUGAGGAGCUGAUCCGGGAGCGUUUGCCAGAACUGGCCGAGCACGUGCCGGACCUCUCCUCCCUCUCCUCGGUCUCGCUCUCGUGGUUCCUCACCCUGUUCCUCAGCGUCCUGCCGUUCCACAGCGCCGUCUGCGUGGUCGACUGCUUCUUCUUCCACGGGAUCAAGGUCAUCUUCCAGCUGGGUCUGGCCGUGCUGGAGGCCCACACCGCACAGCUGUGUGGCAGCACGGACGACGGGCAGGCCCUCAUGAUCCUCACCAGCUUCCUGGACCAGGUGGGAGGCGAGGCGUCGUCCUGCGCUCCGUCCUCCUCUCCUGCUGCAGACGCGGGCAGCGGCGGCGGCGGCGGCAGCAGCGACGCGUGUGUUCCCGCCGUGCGACACACAAACAUCACGGACCUCAUCAACGAGUCGUAUGAGAAAUUCGGGGACCUGACCGUGCGGCAUAUCGAGCACCUGCGCUGUCGACACAGAAUCCAGGUGCUGCAGGCUCACGAGGACACGAUUAAAGAAAACACUUUGAGAUUAGUGUUGCCAGAUGUUUCCAUAUCACCAGAGAACUUGGCUGAUGUCUAUGAACUCUUCAAGACGGAGCACUUCAUCAGCCUGUACUGGGGCGACAGCAGCUCCGCGGCCGCGGCCGAAGUGGCCUCGUGGCGUCGCAGCGACUCCAGCCGCUCCUUCGUGGAGCGUCAGUACCGGCUGGACCGGCCGCAGUUCAAGAGCCUGUACGGGCUGCUGGUGCCGUGGCUCGGCGACUCGAACCAACACACGGACACGGUGGCCAACCGCACCUUCACCCUGCUGGACCAGGACGGCGACAACCUGGUGACCUUCAGGGAGUUUGCUGGAUGGCUGGACACUUUGUACUGUGAAGACCUGAAUGAGAAGAUAAGGCUGCUGUACCGCCUUCACAUCCCCCCAGCGCUGACCGAGAGUGAGGAUGACCCAUCGGUGAUGAAGAGCCCUCUGCUGUCUACCAACAGACCCCUCUAUGUCAAUCUGCCCUCUGAUGUUGAAGGAGAAGCCAAGGAUUACCAGGAGCAGCUGAAGCAGAUGCUGAAGGAUUUGGCCAAAGAGAAGGAGAAAGAUGCAGAGAAGCCUCUGUCGCUCAUGAACCAGUUCGAGUUCAUCCAGUUCUGUAAAACGCUCUACAGCUUGUUCCACGGGGACCCGGAGGAGAACGAGCUCUUCCAGGCCAUCGCCACCGUCACCAGCCUGGUGCUGCAGAUCGGCGAGGUCGGCCACCGCGGACGCAGGUCGGGGUCAGAGGUCAGCGGCGAGGAGGCGGCGCCGCCCUGCGCCGAGGCGGAUGAGAAGUGGACCGUCAGCUACGCUCAGAUCCUGGCGUCGCUGCUGACGGAGCAGACGCUGGUGAACUUCUUUGAGACGCCGGUGGAUCUGUCUGCAAAGAUCGCAGCAGCCAAGGAGAAGCAGUACCACCAGAGGGCGGGUCUGCUGCUGCUGCAGCGCGGGCCCCGCUGACCAGCACCCAGCCUGCCAUCGGUCACCUGACAGGGUGGGACUCAGCAGGAGGAGCCUUUGACUCAUUUUUUUUUUAUUCUUCUGAGCCAAGAAACCACUUUUGACACCAAAUGCAGGGACGGUAACAUUAGCAGCGUCCUCAGCGUGUCCUACAUUAUAUUAAGAGUGUCUGCACUGAGUGAUUCAUGUCACCAAUAAUGAAUGUUUAUAAUUUAUAAUCUUUUCAGUGAAGGCUAAAUUCAGUUACUGUGCUGUAAAGAUCAGUGAUCAGCUCUUACUAACAAUUAGUGAAGUGGCUAAUGUUCCACGUCUUAUUACAACAGUACACAUUUAAUUGUAAGUGAUUGGUUAUUGAAGCGUCCCAGUAAAGGAACAAAUGCUUAUAACACAUUUAUAAAGUGUUAUUAAAUAACUCAAACAUUUUUUGCCUCAGAGCUGCUUUGAGGAAAUGAUUUUAUUGAUUUUAUACCUUAAGUUUUUAUUGUUGAAUGUCUUCAUAUGCACCUUUUACUACAGUGAAGUUUUGUUUUUUAAACACUGGGAAAUAAUCCACCAUGAUCUGGUCACCAACGCCAGUGACACUGUCCUUUUAAAUAAAAACCAUAGAAGUAAA